AUGGUGUUGAAGCGUCGACUAGUUGAUUUCCAGCGCGAACAAGAUCCCUUCGCCGUCAAGGUGUUUCUCCCGCCGACCGAUCAUUACCGCCAACGCAACUGGAUCAUGACGUCCCCGGAGCAGCAGAUGGACACCCUGCGAGAAGGUCUUAGCCGGGUGAUUCUAGACCAGCUUGCGGAAACUCUGCGGGAUUAUUCGUCUGGAAACUUGGCGAACCCGGUGCUUCGAUUUGAAGCUUUCAUUCAGGACGGCGAGCCGGGAACGCAGGGGCAAACACCCCGCUCUCCCGUGGUUUCGAAAAUGGUAGACUUGUCUGGCAUCAUUUCACAGAGCGCAAAUAACAGCCCGAAUACGAGCCAUGCGGGAAGAGAAAACACCAUCGAACACCCGACACCGCCCACCAUCAGCCCGCAAUUGAUGAUGGACGAUGUGGCGGCAAGCGCCAGCCGGGCUUUUGUCCGGACACAACGGACGCCAUCCCAAGGACCGCCACAAAUGUCACCCGAGACCGAUGCAAAUGCUUUUAUUCAAAGAAGAGGAACGGGAGCUCUACGACCAGUCAGGGGAGCCGCUCCAGUGGAGGAAGAGCAGCCGGACAGCCAGAGGCAUAUGCAGGUUGCCAACAACUUUCCUAAACGCGCAAAGAUUCAGACAGACGUCGUCUUCAUCCCGCAACAGUCGUCCAUUGACAAAUUCGUCGUCAGCGUUUGGGAGCAGAUCCACGGUGGUAUCAGCUUAGAUCCCCAGAGUCUGCUUGAACAGUGGCAGCUCACGGCAACGGCAGCAACAGCAACCAUCAACAAUGCUGGCAAGAUUCACGUUCCCGAGCAGCUCGAGCUCGGCUUGCUCCAGGCGCCCUCGGCAGACGGCACGCUGACUGAGAUCGACAUGGAGGGAACCUUCAACCGCAGCAACAUCUUUUGCCGAAAGGUUACGCAAGCCAGCCGCGCGUGCCGCUCGAUUGAGGUCAUUGUCCAAGCGCGGUGGAUCGAGCACUUCGACUCGUAUGUCGAGCUGCUUGCCAUCACGAACCCGGGCAUGUCCCCUACCAAACGCCGCAAGGCGGCGCUGAUUGAGGCGUGUAACGAUUUUGGAUGGUCUGAGAAGGAGUUGCGGAAUAAGAUGGCCAUCUGGCGCGGCUACAAGGAAAUAAAGGACGCGGGAGGUUGGGCCGCGCUCGUCUUCGCCGGCAUGGGACUUUACCGCUUCUGCAAGUACCGAGUUGGAUUUAAUCCGGAUAGCAUGCAACGACUCCGGUGCCUCCGGCCCCGAAUUGAGGUCGCCGCCGACACUCUUCACCCCACGUGGCGCCAACUACUCAUGAUUGUCGGCGAGGGCGCGCAACGUCGGUUCUGCGGUCACCCGCAUGACUGGGUUGUCCGCCAGGACGGUUCGGACCCGGUUCCGCUCCGGUCGACAUAUCUCGAAUAUGACCCUUACUUCAGCUUCGAACAGCUCGAACACUCCGUCAUGGACAUGAGCGCGUGGGGCACCGAUGAUCCGCGAUGGGUGCCGCCGAUGAACGCCGUGGCUUGCGUCCAGGGCAUGCACACAUGUCACUCGUGCGGCCAGGAGCAGUCCGAAGACCCCAAGAUCAACUCGUGCUACUGCUUCCCGACGCUAUUCGGGUCCGGGCGUCGGAGCCCCUGCCCGGUGCAGGUGUUCCGGACCUCGGACGGACGCAACAACGGCCUGAUGGCUCUUUGUCCGUUCGAGCGCGGCGCGGCGAUAGGAGAGUUUGUCGGCCUCAUCACAAAAGACUUGCAAAAUAUGGACGUCAUGGAUAGCUCGACGGGUGUCCGGGCCUAUCAGAUCUGGCAGGGACGGCAGGGCAACUUCACGAGGUUCGUCAACCACAGCUGCAAGUCCAACGCGCAAUUCCAGCAGUUUGUGUGGAUGAGCACGCAGCGCAUCAUCCUGGUGAGCAAGGGCAUUGAGGCGGGUCACGAGGUCACGGUGGAUUAUUCUGGGAGCUACUGGCGCGGUUUGGACAAAGAAUGUCUCUGCGGAGAGUCAUGCUGUCGGUAUAGGAACGCGGCUCGAUAG